CAAACUUCUUCUUCUUCAUCCUCAUUUCCCCAAACAUCCAAUUCCACCAAUUGAUACACUCUUCAUCUCUUCAGAAAUCCACAAAGACCUCUCCUCCUAUCCCCAUGGACGGCUCAGUGGACCGAAGUAAUCCACCGCCGCAAACGGCGUGCACGGCCAACGGAAACGGCGUCGUUUCGAAGACGAGGCUGAGACUGAAGCCGGAGAAGGAGCACAAGUCGGAUAGCUACAACGACCUGCAGCAAUUGGAUUUCAGUCCUCUGCUCUUCAGCUCGCUCGAGCAUUACUUGCCGGCGAACAUGCUCAAUGUGCCGCGUGAGCUCAAGCUCCGGUACAUGAGGGACAUUCUGCUCCGGUACACCUCCGAGGGCGAACGCAGUCGUAUUCAGCGGCAUAGAGAAUACAGAGACAGGAUCACAUCAAGCUAUCAGUAUCUGCACGAGGAGCUAUACACUAUGCAAGCUGAACAAUUCUUUGUCCCGUCAUUUCUCAAUGUCAUCAAUGAGGGCACAGAGGGUACUUUUAGAAGUAUACUCAACGAACCCUCUCCUGGAAUCUUCACAUUUGAAAUGCUUCAGCCGCGUUUCUGCGAAUUGUUAGUAUCCGAGGUUGAGAAUUUUGAAAGGUGGGUCCAUGAGACAAGAUUCAGAAUCAUGCGACCAAACACAAUGAACAAAUUUGGUGCUGUUCUUGAUGACUUUGGCUUUGAAACUAUGCUUGACAAGUUGAUGGAGGAAUUUAUACGCCCUAUAUCUAAAGUUCUCUUUCCAGAAGUUGGUGGAGCCACACUGGAUUCACAUCAUGGUUUUGUUGUUGAAUAUGGAAUGGAUAGGGACGUUGAGCUUGGUUUUCAUGUCGAUGACUCGGAAGUCACCUUGAAUGUUUGCUUGGGUAAGCAGUUUAUUGGUGGGGAGUUGUAUUUUCGAGGUGUUCGAUGUAAUAAGCAUGUGAAUUCAGCGACACUCUCAGAGGAAGUCUUUGAUUAUCCUCAUGUUCCGGGACAUGCAGUUCUUCAUCGUGGUCGCCACCGACAUGGUGCUAGAGCUACAAUAUCUGGGCGUCGAACCAACUUACUACUAUGGUGCAGAAGUUCGGUCUUUAGAGAGCUGAGAAAAUAUCAAAAAGAUUGUUCUAGCUGGUGCGGAGACUGCCAUCGGGAGAAGAAAGAAAGACAGCGCCAAUCAGUUGCUGCCACCAAACUGGAAUUACUUAACAAUGAUGGAUACUAGAGCUGUUCGACAUGCAACUUUUGCUUGUGAAGUUGUAAAUUUACAAAAUUCUCAUCUUUAUCUCAACAUAUAGAAGAAUUUUCAGUCUAUCCUCUCAAUUUUAAUUUCAGUAAUAAAUGUAGCUAGGCUAUUUCUUAGUAAUGAACUCUGCAUUCAAUGCUUUUGCAAGGUAGUUGUUACUAGUUCAUACACAGUUUCGUCAUGUAAUUGUGCUGGCCUUUUCGUAGUUAGUUAUAUACUUUAUGCGCUUUAGAUUGAUGUAGUUUCCUCUGUUCAGUAUGUGCCGACUACCAUGACCAACCGGACAUACAAAUGAUCCAAGUCCAACGUUCUUUCCCUGCUCAGUAGGUAGGUCUACUCAGAUCCCCACUAGAUUGUGAUUUAUCUUGUGUUAAUGAUAGAAGCAAGCCAAACAAUAUGUUGCC